UGAAAAUUUUCACACCCCCAACGAUUGAAUACGAAAAAUGUUAGAAAAGCAAUUUGUAGUUAGUUGGCUCAUUUUGGCAUUGGCCAAUUCUAUAUCCGCCGAAUACAACGUGAACGGCGUGUGUACAGUGGUCACCGAUGGUUUACGGAUUGGCAGUAUCGACUCUUGUCAGCGCUACUACACAUGUAACAAUGGCGUAGCUACGCCUUACGAUUGUCCCAGCGGCAGUAGUUUCAGCAAAGAUGUGCAAGACUGCCUCGCUGAAAGUGAAUUUCAAUGUACUCUUAACCUGAGUAAUCCUUGCACUGGAGCGGAUGGAACUUUUGUACAAAAAUCUGGUACAUGCAAUGGCUGGAUUUACUGCGAAAACGGCAAAGAGGCCGGAAGUGGAAGUUGCGCUAGCAAUUUAAUUUUCAGCGACGGCGCAUGCAAAUUUGGCUCAUGCUCCACUGUUGCCACGGCUCUUACUUCCAACUUUACAACUAUUUGUCAAAUUAUGAAGAACAACAAAUACUUUGGGAGCACAAAACAAUGUGGAAAAUGGCAAGUGUGUAGAAAUAAUAAACUGGUCACAGGCUUUUGUAAAGAUGGAUUGGCAUACGACGUGAAAACAGGUUCAUGUGUGCUUGAAGCCGAUUAUGAAUGUGCCCAAGUUACUGGAAUCACCAUUCAACCUGAUGUAGAAUCUUUCGGCACCUGCACCACAGAAGGCAAUAUAAAAGCUACUAGUAUAUGCAGCGACUAUUUAAAAUGUGAAAACAGUGUGUGGAAGAGUUAUUCGUGCAGUACUAAUUAUUACUACGACAUUACAACGAAAACAUGUGUACUACGUAGCAAUGCUAAAACAGGCGAUUGCGAUCGAUGCCAAUUUUCUAAUAGCGAGUUUGUCAACGCUGUCGACACAACAUGUCGCAAAUAUUUGGUAUGCGAAAAUGGCGUUAAAAAAUCAGUUAACACUUGCGCUGUCGGUUACUACUUUGACGAGACUGCUGAGGCUUGCAUACAAGGCACCGGAACAGACAGCGCGGCAUCGAAUAACGCUUGUUACGUAGCUUGAUGCAA